AUGAAGAAGAAGGAAGAAAGUGCUGCAGCCAAGUCAAAGACUUCUACCAGGAAGCGCAAGGAAGCAGAACCUGCUGAUGGAGGAACAGGAGCUGAGGUCGAGAUUGAGCCUGAGAAUGUCAAGAAACCGACAACUAGGGGCAGGAAGAAGAAGGUUCAGGAGAAGGUUGAAGAAACUCAGCCUGAAAGUGGUGAAGCUGCUCCAUCCAAGAAGGCAUCCAAAUCGGAUCUUGGAGAGAAGCCAAAGGCCAAGGCGAAGUCCAAGGUGAAGGAGAAAGCUGAGGCAAAAAAAGAGGCAAAAGCAAAGAGAGCAGGGAAAGCAAAGGCGAAAAGACUGCCCAAGAAGGCAGUGAAGGAUGAUGAAAGUGGAGAUGAAGAGGAGACUGGUGCCCAGAAGCUUCGAAAGAAGCUAUUUCAAUCUGACGAUGAUGGAUCUGAUGAAAGUGAACACGAACGCUAUGAUGCCAAGACUGGCAAGGUGGAGCCGCUGAAGGACAUCUUGGAAAAGUGCGAGGUGGACAAACACAAGGCCAAGAAUCGAAAGCUUGGUGAGCCUGAGCCUGAGGAGAGCACUCCUAAGAAAGCCAAGGGCGGCAAGAACAAGACCAAAGUGAAGAAGGUGGAUUUGUCGCCCUUUGCAAAGAAGGAAGUUUCUCGCAGAAAGAGGAAGGAGAAGGAAACCAUGCAUCAGGAGGCAAAGGAGGAUGAGCAGAUUCAGGGCAUUGUGCGCCAACACCUGAAAAAUGUGGAGAAGCUGACCUAUGAAGAUGUCAAGUUGUACCUCAGGAAGCACCUCACCAACAGCAAACCGCAUGAGUUCAAGCUGAACGAGUACUGGGGGCGGCCAGCAUGUGGCAUCAAAGUUCCUGCACUUGGAGAUGGGAGCUUGAAGAAGGCACCGGAAGUUGUCUACAUUGGACGAUAUGGCACUUGUGCCGAGGGCUGGAACUACAACAUGGCCUGUGUGUAUGUCACAGCUUCGCUGAUGGCUUCUUGGUUUGACCCAUACAUUUUGGGAAAGCAUGCUUCUUGGUUGGAAGAUCUUCCAGCUGAAGAUUUGGAGGACUAUGCCAACCCCACUGGCAAGGUUCAGACGCCAGACACUGUGAUGCCUGGGCUGAAAGGCCAGAAAUGGGCUGUCAAGCUAGGCUUACUGGACGAUGACUCUCGUGUUCCCAACAUGUUUUGGCUGCUGGUGAUUGGGGCGAAGAACAGGACAGCGCUGGCAGUUGUGCUACAGGGAGAUCAUGAUGCAGGGUGGCUAGCACACUAUGCUUUGAAGUGUUCAUCAUGGGUAGCAACAAAUGCUGGGACCAGUUCUCGUUCAGCAUGUAGUUCCAUUGGGAACACUGAGUUUCAAAGCGUUAGAGAUGCUAAUUGCUUAGGGUCUCGGAUGUUACUAUUGAUGAUGGUAGCAGUGUGCCUCAAUGCUGCCAUAACAUUGGGGCAGCCGUUCUCAAGUGUCUUUGAGUUUUACCCUCGAUUCCGGGAGUUCAUGGAAAUGUUACAACGGCAUGGGGGCCAGGGGGCAGUGCACAGGGUGGAGUUCUAUAUGCACCACUAUGGCGCUGCAACCCCUAAGAGGUUGUAUGUGAUUGGAAACUCGAGGCAUGUCGGUGGUUUGAACAAAGGCAAGCUGAAGGGCUGGGCAAAGACCAAAAAGGAUCUUCAGACCAAGGGGAUGUCAAAAGACUUGGUGAUCAAAUACCAAGAUUCCAAAGGACGGCAACGUUGGAAAGGAAGUCAUGACAUGAAAGCAAGCGAGUGCUAUCCACCACGUUUUGGACUUGAAAUGGUAUCUCUAUUUCAUGACCUGGUCGCAGACAAGCAUGGAAUGCCUGAACUACCAGCAGUAGUACCAACAGCAGAGGAAACCUUUGCCAGCAUGGACUUUAGCGAUGUGUGGAGUGAGGCUUCCAUGGUUUCAGUUUGUCAUUACCUUCGGAAAGGUACUGACUUGAAUGUGCCCCCAAGUUUUCGGAACUUGUUGCCUAAGAAACUUUAA